AUGGAUGGAGGACCACCGAUUAUUGGUAGAGAUUGGUUGAUUGAGUUAGAGAUAUUACCAUUAAAAUUAAAUUUUCAUUCCUUAUCUCAACAAGAUAUUAUACAAAAGUAUCCAUCGGUUUUUAAUGAGGAAUUGGGAUGUUUUAAACAUAAAACUUUUAAAUUGUAUUUAAAAGAAAACACUAUUCCUGUGUUUUGUAAACCUAGAGUUAUACCUUUUUCCCUUAAGGAUAGUGUGAGUAAAGAAUUGGAAAGACUAAUUAAAGCAGAGCUGUUAGUUCCUGUUGAAUCAAGUGAUUGGGCUACUCCUAUAGUUCCAGUGGUUAAACCUGAUAAAUCUAUAAGGUUGUGUGGGGAUUAUAAGGUUACUUUAAAUAAAUAUCUGGAAGUUGAUAGAUAUCCGAUACCUAGAGUAGUAGACUUAAUAAGUGCAUUCCAGGGAGCAAUUGUAUUUUGUACAUUAGAUUUAUGCCAAGCAUAUCAACAGCUGUUACUUGACGAAGAAAGUCAAAAGUUAACCACAAUUUCUACUCAUAAAGGGUUAUACAUGUUCAAAAGAUUACCAUAUGGAAUUUCAUCUGCACCGGGUAUGCUGCAAAGGGAAAUGGAAAAGUUACUUUGUAAUAUACCAGGUACAGUUUGUUUUUAUGAUGAUGUAGUAGUAUCAGGUAAAGAUUACACAGAAGUAAAUAAUAGACUUGAUAGUGUUUUAAAAAAGUUGAAUGAUGCUGGCUUAACUCUUAAAAAAGGUAAAUGUAAGUUUUUCAGUGAUAAUGUUACAUUUCUUGGUUAUUAUAUUGAUAAGGAAGGACUGCACAUACCUAAAGAGAGAAUCAAAGCUAUAACAGAAGCUCCAAACCCUAAAAACGUUCAGGAAGUUAAAGUUUUUUUUGGGAUUAGUGCUUUGUAUGCAUUACUAAAAAAUAAUGUUAAAUUCCAUUGGGGGAUGGAACAAAAAUUAGCUUUCAAUAAAAUCAAAGAAUCAAUAGUAUCUGAGAAUAUACUUGUGCAUUAUAAUAGUAGUUGGGAGUUAAUAGUUGCAAGUGACGCUAGCCCAAUUGGCAUUGGUGCGGUUUUGUCGCAUAGAUUACCUGAUGGAUCGGAAAAACCUAUUGCCUUUGCGUCUCGUACAUUAGCAGAUUGUGAAAAGAAGUAUGCACAAAUCGACAAAGAAGCUUUGGCUAUAGUUUUUGCUGUUAGGUAUUUUCACCAAUAUGUUUUUGGGCGACAAUUCAUUUUGAGAACUGAUCAUAAACCUUUAGUGAGUAUUUUUGGAGAAAAUAAAGGGAUACCAGUUAUGGCUGCACAUAGGCUUCAGAGAUAUGCAGUGUUUUUAUCAGGGUACUCAUAUAAAAUUGAAUUUAUUAAUGGGGUGAAUAAUGGUAAUGCAGAUGCCUUAUCUAGAUUACCUAUCAAAGAUUCGGAUAACAUUAAUGAUGCCGAGAAUAUUUGUACAGAAAUUAAGGAAGAUAAAGUGCUACGUGAAGUUUAUUUUAGAGUAUUAUCUAAUAAAUGGCCAGAUAAGAUCAAAAAAGUAAAUGAUGAAUUAAAGCCUUAUUUUAAUCGAAAAAAUGAACUAACCAUUGAAGUAGGGUGUUUGUUAUGGGGACAUAGAAUAGUAGUACCUGGUAAAUUCCAAAAGAAAUUAUUAAAUGAGUUACAUCAUACGCAUAUGGGCACGGUUAAAAUGAAAUCUGUGGCGAGGUCAUAUAUCUGGUGGCCUGGUAUUGAUAAUGAUAUACAGAACAUCACAAAAAGUUGUGUUGCUUGUUUAGCUCAUAGUAAUAAUCCACCUAAAAGUGUAUUACAUAGUUGGCCUUGGCCAGAAGGACCAUCUCAACGUGUACAUUUAGAUUUUUUGGGACCUGUAGACGGUAAAAUGUUCAUAGUGAUAAUUGAUGCUUUUUCAAAGUGGUUAUAUGUUAAACAUUUACUUAAUAUUACUACAGCAUCAACUAUCAAAGUGUUAAGAGAAUAUUUUUCAAUUUGGGGAAUUCCAAAAAAAUUAGUCACUGACAAUGGACCUUCUUUAUGUUCAUAUGAAAUGGAAGAGUUUUUAAAAAUGAAUGGUGUUACACAUAUUAAGACUCCACCAUAUAGUCCUUCGACUAAUGGAGCUGCAGAAAAUGCAGUUAAAACCUUUAAAAUGUUUCUUAAAAAGUGUGCAAAAAAUUCAGAUAUAGAGGAUAACAUAAGUAAAUUUAAUCUAGCGUACAAUAGUACAAAUCAUUGUUCAACUGGGGUGAGUCCUGCAGAGUUACACAUUGGUAGACAGUUGAAUAUAGCACUGGAUAGGUUAAUAGUCAAGGCAAAAUAUAAUUAUACAAAAAGCUUAGAAAGAGCCAAGGAAAAUUAUAAGGGUGGUAGAGUAAAAACAUAUGAAAUUGGAGAUGAGGUUAUGUGUAGGAAUUAUGGAGAAGGGAAUAAGUGGAUACAGGGAAAAAUUAUACAAAAACUAUCACCUGUUACAUACUUAAUUAAAGUUAUUAAGGGUAACAUUUAUAAGCGACAUUUAAACCAAAUAAUUGAUUGUAUGAAUAAAAAUGGAACAGAAGUAGAAAUUAAUGGAGAUUUAUUAGAAGAAUUACAAAAUGCUGAUAAUAAUAAGAGUAAUAUUAAAGAACAAAUAGUAAUAAGUGAAAGUGUUAAUGAGGCAGAAAAAGAAGUAGAAUUGGAAACAGAGGAUAAAGUUGAGGAAGUUGGAUUAAGGAAAAGCCAUAGAGUUAUUAAACCUCCUAUUCGUUUAAAUUACUCGGUACACCACAUGAGUGAUAAGUUUGAUAACUUUGGUAAACAAUUACAAGAAUUACUACACACAGUCAAAGAAAUGAGAGAAGAAAACCGAAUUCUAAAAGAGCAGAAUGUUAGGCUCAACAAAGAUGUUAUAUCUCUGGAAAACCGUGUUAAUACAUUAGACUCUAAUGAUUAG